AUGGCGAUCAUCAUUAACCGAAACAUCUGCGUUGCUCCAAUUCCUGGUCGUACCAGUACAUACGGCUAUGUUCCGUCUCUCGCAGCUGGUAUCGUAUUCUGCGUCCUUUUUGGCCUGAGCAUGCUCCUGCACACCUUCACAUCUAUUCGAUAUCGCACUUGGUGGCAGCUUGUUUUCACGGUUGGAGCGCUUUGCGAGGUUCUUGGAUGGGCUGGCCGUGCUUGGUCUCACUCCUGUCCCUAUCAAACGACUCCCUACCUGCUCCAAAUAUGCACACUCAUCAUUGCACCAACAUUCUUCACUGCUGGAAUCUAUGUCAUUCUCGGUCGACUCAUUCGAUCGUUCGGAAGAGGCGUCUCCCCUAUCUCUGCAGCUGCCUACCUUUACAUCUUCUGUACCGCCGCUGUGGUGUCGUUAGUAGUCCAGGCUGUGGGCGGGGGAAUGGCCGCAAUUGCGUUCGAACAGAAUCCACCCAAGAACACCGACAACGGAACGCAUAUCAUGGUGGCCGGGAUCUUGUUCCAACUCGCCUCGAUAAUAAUCUUCGUCAGCCUCUUCAUCGUCGUUAUCUUCCGAGCGCUGAAGAGCAAAGGCGAAGUCUUGACGCAAAGAAGAAUUCAAUGGAUCAUUGCUGCCAUGGUUCUCUCGGUCGUGCUCAUUGUCAUAAGAAGCAUAUAUCGAACGAUUGAACUUCUGCAAGGAUGGUCGGGAUAUCUGAUCACGACGGAGAGAUAUUUCAUUGCGUUGGAUGGUGCGAUGAUGGUUGGAGCUGUCGGUGUUUUCAAUAUUGCCAGGCCUGGGUGGGCGAACACAACAAACAAAGACUCGGACUUCGAAGGGGAGAGCCAGGUAGAGAUGACUGAUAGAUCACGAAGUAAGGAUUAG